GUUAGGAUGGAGCUGGACGGAAUGGACCUCCAGCAGGUCCCGGUGCUGUCGAUCGACCAGAUCCGAGCCAUCCGGGCCCACAAUGACUAUGUAGACCGGCCGGUGGCGCUGGAACUGGCGUCACAGUCGGGAUUUUUCUACGCCCACGAUGAGCGCCACCCACAUGGGAUAUACUCGCAGUACCCUCAGCCGUCCCGCCACACCGCUCUGCCCCGCAGCCAAAGUCAGCAGCACGCUCACACGUCCCGCAUCAGCCGCUCCAGUACCAUCAGCUCCUCCAUGUCCCGGACCAGCGCCGGUUCAGACCAGAGGCUGCUGGCGGGUCUGACGCCCUCGCACUCCGGCCUGGCCUCGGUGGUGCGCGCUCAACCAAAAGGGGAGCUCAAAGCUGACAAUUCCUUAAGCAAAAUCUUAGCCGAAGACGAACUAGGCCGGCACCAAUUCAUCUGCGAGCGCUGCGCCCGCUGCAAGUGCCACGAAUGUUGCGCCCCGCGCCGACUGCCCUCCUGCUGGGCCUGCGGUCAGCGUUGCCUAUGCUCAGCCGAAAGCGCGGUGGAGUAUGGCACCUGCUUGUGCUGCGUCAAGGGCAUUUUCUACCACUGCUCGGCUCAGGAUGAUGAGGACAACUGCGCCGACCGUCCGUGCUCUUGCGCCCCGGCCCACGCUCUGGCCCGCUGGGGCACCAUGGGUCUCCUGGCUCUUUGCCUGCCCUGCCUAUGCUGCUAUCCCCCCGCCCGGCUGUGCCUCGCAUUGUGCCGCUGUGCCCACGACCGGGCCACGCGACCCGGCUGCAGGUGCAGCAACACCAACACCGUGUGCCGCAAGAUCUCUGCCUCCAACCCCAACCCGGGCCAUCCCUCCGUAAGCAAAGGUGCGGAGAAGUCGCUAUGA